UUAUGCCCUAUGAGUGCAUUCUUGUUUUCCGUCAAAUUUCCGAUCUUCCAGAUGCUUCCAGAAGCCAAUUCAUCUUUCGCAAAAACCCUAAUCCUAAAAUUCAACCCAAACCCCCCCGAUCUGUGACGCUAAAUCCCAGAAAUCCGAUUCCACCCCUUCCAAAUUUCAGUUCUAGUGCGACUAUCUAACUACUUCAUGGGAAUAAUAAAAAGCAGUUUUUCGUUCAUCGCAGGCACGGUUUGCGGAAUUUACAUUGCCCAGAACUACAACGUUCCUAACAUAAAAAAGCUGGCUGACACCGCCUUCUUCAUGGCCAAGCAUGUCGAAGAAAAAUACCGCAAGCCCAAGAACAGGGACGACGAUUAGCUGCUAUACGAAUCCGUUUUUUAGGAACCAAUGGAAUCAACAGGUUCAAUUUUGUUUUCUCUUCAUAAUUACGGGAAAGAAAAAAGAUUAUUUUGUUGGAUCAAAUAUGAUAUUGGGGUUUUGUAAAAGAGAAGCAAAGAUAAAUUACUGACAAAAUUGGGUGCUUUUUCACUCCAUUGGAGAUAUAUUGGUUUGAAUAUUGUUGGUUUUUUUAAAAGUAUUAUACUUUAAUUUUGAAAUUGGAAUCUUAUGUUUUGGGAUUUUGGGUUGAUUGGUGUUUAGGGAAUGAAUGCAACAGGUCUUCAAAAGCCUGUAGCCUGUUCUUGCUCACUCGGGCGUUUGUUCUUUUCAUAGCUUGAGAAGCUAUAAUUUACCAUUAACUUGGUUUCAAAACAAUGUCACGCUUUGCAUAAUUCAGUAUCUGGUUAAAUGAUGGAGUUAUGCUGAGUUUGUAUA